AUUUAGUAACAGGAAGAUUAUGACAGAAAUGGAUAAAGAUUUGACGUUCUACAGAGUGUCAUGAAAAUGGAUUGGAAAUACAUAUUUAUUAUUAUGCUACCUUUUGUCCUAUCGAAUACGUGCGAUUGGAAAGGAGGAAUUUCUACUUGUGGAAAAUGGACUACCUGCUCUCAAAAUUGUGGAUUGGGAAACAGAUGCCGAGAAUGCAAGUGUAAAUGGUACGGGAGUUACAACGAAUGCGAAACAUGCAGAAAUGUGUUACAGUGUUCCAUUUGGCGGACUGGAGAUUGUUGUGAAACAUGUAAAAAUGUAAGCAUUCCUCACUGCGUCAACGGACAACAAGAAUGCGGAGGUAUACCGGAUGGUAUUAAGUGCACGAAAUGUAUUGACACGUACUAUGCUGCAGGAUAUAACAAUGGUUGUUUAGAGUGCAAUAACAUUCCUCAGUGUAAUAAUAGAAGCUGCACGAACGCAACAAAUGUUGUAUGCCAUGAAUGCGUCGAAGGUGAUGUGAUUUUUAAGACCUGGAAUGACAAAAAGGAAUGCCAACGUAUGUGCGCUUGGAGAAAUCACUAUUGCUGGCCCGGGACAUGUGGCACAAGUGGACUUACAAAGAAUUGUCAGUGUAUCGGUGGCUUUGUUAAACUGUAUGUCGAAGAUUACAGUUCAGUAUAUGCUGGAGAAACAAAAUGUCAGCUAAAUACAACUCCUGAUAUUUUAAUAUGUGACAUGGAGGCUAUUGGGCCCAGCGAUGGAAAGAAUCAAACAAGAAGCACAAGCGCCACCACGACAUGCAAAUUCCUGGCGGAUAUGUAUGGGAACUACAGACCAAUGACAAUGGUAUUUAAUAUGACCGCUGAAUUCGCAGUUGAUGUUACUGAGUUCAACGCCAUAAGACCAUCGUUUGUCAAGGAAGAAAAGUUCGGUAUUACCGACACAUCUGUAAAAGUCAAGCUCCAAAAUUUAACAGGCUUGUAUCUAGAAAACUCGACACGAAUACUUUUAGACGGCACAAGUGUCAGUUUAUAUUUACCAUCAGUACAUAGCGACACGGGGGUGAUAAAUGUCAAUGACACAGCAUAUAAUCUACAAAAUGGAGAGGCCCUAUGUUUGGAGUUUGAAGCAAAAGGUGGUGGUUAUUUAAAAAGCAGUGACACACGAAGCUCAGCAAGUACACCAUCUGAAACAGUGCCGUACACCAAGGUCACAAAACAAAGGAUUAUCUGUUACCGAUAUGAUGACGUUCCACCGGUACAUUGCUUAGACCUAAGAUCAUGCAAUUACGAGCCUUUAAAGAUUCAAAAUCGAGUCACGAGGUCUCGCAUUGUAACCAUUAAUUUCAUUGGUUGGACUGAUCCGAUUCCAAGCAAAGGAAAUCAUAAAACAGCAUCGACGAUCGCAAGCUACGAAAUAACAGUGCAUGGUGUAUAUGCGUCCAAUCAAAGUUUAAAGGUAAACCAUACGGACAGCUUCUUUCAUAGAACGGUAUCUGCUAAUGUAACAACAAUAAAAUUUAAUCUUACGUCAGAUUUGCCAACGCUCUAUACUGUUUAUCUCAAUGUGCAUGAUCGAGCAGGGAACGUAAGGACAGCCCGCCGCUUUGUGCUGUACGAUUAUACAAGCUUAAUUGGAAAAUCAAAUGAAAGUCUGAUGUACUUCAAAACAGCCAAUCCUGAAACCGGGUCUAAGUGGCAGAACACUACUAAUGUUUGCCUUACCUGGGGAAAUUAUUUUGUUAACGAAGUGCACAUGCGAAACAAUUUUUUAAAUGCCAUUGAAUCCGAUCCAAGAUUUAAGAUCACGGGUGUAUAUGAACAAACCACUGGGCUACUACCUGUGUCUGGAACCCCAAACGUAAAUGGGAUAGUUAGCUUUUUCGUGUCUCGAAGUGUUGGUGGUGGUAAUUUUACACCACCAGUUGUCGUUAAAAACUUCACUCAACAACAGUUUUGUGAAAAAGUUAAUCUACCCGAUGGACAAGAAACUAUUUGGAGAAUACAGGCAGUUGAUAUAGCUGGCAACAAACUGAGUGAUGAGCGGUCUUUGAUUUUCGAUGCAUCCCCACCAACAGUGUCAAUCAUACGACUUCAUUUCAAUCAAUAUGAAGUGGAGUACGUUCAAAGUUUGAUCGAGUUGAGGAAAUUGAAACUUAAUGUUACAGCUACAGAUGAGCAAAGUGGGAUAUAUGCUAUUAAUGUUGGUGUUACAGAUGGAGCUUCUUACAGAAAUAUCGUACAUUGGAUAAGCAACGAGGUCGAAUGUUCUGCAACUCCGCAUUGCUACUGCGUUCAGUCAGGUCAGUGUCAAAUGUCUUUCCACGUCUUGCAACUAGAUGAAAUAGAUGGAAUCAGAAACCUUCCGAUCGACACGGGAGAAGACAUGUGUAGUGGUCAGUGCGAACUACAUGUGACAGUGGUGAAUCAGGCAGGCUCAUCAACCGUUCAGAUAUAUCAUUUUAAAAUUGAUAUAACAGCACCAGAAACAAGUAACGCUAAAAUAGACAUUAUCACGGAAAACAGUUCACCAAAUUCGUCUGCUGCACGAUUGGAAUGGUCAGGUUUUAAAGACCAAGAAAGUAGCAUUCUUUUCUACAGAGUGUACCUGAAUGAUCAAUGCCUAACUACAUACAAUAUGCUGGACUCUAAUACUACAUCAUACGUGGAGCUGAAUGUGUCUACAAGUACUACUGAAGUAUCGAGAGAUUACGCAGGAAAGCGUUAUGUCAUAGUUGUUGCUUUCAAUGGCGCACUGACAGCUUCACAGCCGGUUUGCUCUGAAGGAAUUGAAGGAGUUGUACCGUUGCAAAGCAAUGCAGAUAAAAAUAAAACAGCAGUGACCGUUGGGACAUCGGUUGGUGUGAUAUUAGCAAUCUUAAUAAUUUCUAUAGCGGUGUACGUGAUGGUACGGAAAUACAGAUCAAAAACACAUGAAUCCUGUGACGACCACUUGAGCCAUCCAUCUACUGACAUCUCUAAUGAAGGCGUCUCAAAUGCUACCUAUGGGGAAGUUUUUGGCGACUGGAACAGCAAUCAUUACAGCAACAUUAGUCCAAAUCCAGGCAUAUAUGAACUUGCAAGAAACCCGCUAAGUGAAGUAUUAUGUGAGUACCAAGAGACUUCGUUGUUUGUGCAGUUAUUGUUGAUUUGUUUGGUUUAUGCAUUUUCUAGCCCUAAAAUAAACAUGUUUAUUAAAAUUAAAUAGUGUACCAAUAGUUCCGUCGUAUAUCUUAUUGAAUGAUGGUUUGAAAUUAUUUUCGUAAGAUAACGUGUUAUGCAGUACUAUGUUAUACACACUUCCCUUUAUCAAGAAUGAGGUCAUUUCCCCUUUGCAUUACCCCGAGCCGUUUUAAAUCUGUCUAAAUCCUUACUAAAUAUCUCGGUAAAUGUGCACUGUGUAGAUACAAUAUAUAUAUGCAUUUUUAAGUGUAUAAAAUAUAUGCACGUAUAGAUAUCAACAUUAAACGAUGUAUUUUUAUAUUUCAGAUCAACCAAAUGCACGCGUCCAGCACUUGCCUGUUUCCAACAGCUAUGAGAAUGUGGAGGGUAAUGAAUCGUUUGCUGAAACAUCGAUUAAUAACCUACCCAACCAAGGGAUAUAUUCACUUGCAAGAAAUCCGAUCGGCGAUUAGAAAACGUACGUGUCGUGAAGAUCUGUAAACAGUCACCUAGCAAGGGUAUCCUGAAGCUUACCUUUGCAAAUCAUUCCACCGUCAUACGACGAACCUCUUUUUGUGUUGUUUAUAUGAAAAGAAAAGUGAAACUGCAAAUAUAUUUGCAUUGAAACAGCACGUGCUUUUGAAAAACGAAUAUACAUUUGGACGGAAAGAUGACAUAUUCGGUUACGUUGUCGUAUCUGCCGUUUUCUUAUAUUGUGUGUUGUUUUCUUGCACAUUUGAUUAACUUAACCCUUUACCACUUAAAUACAUAUUUUGACCCAUUUAUAGUCCCAUUGGAAGAUAGAUUUAAUUAAAGACCUUUCUUGUAAUAUUCAAGUUUUAAAGGCUUCAUUUCCAACCCUUGGAUACUGAUGAGCAGCAAACAGCAUAAGAUCUGAACAUACUGCGAGUUACUCGCAGGCUGUUCUGGUUUUAUGCUGUUUGCACAUAGCCAUUUUCACUUUGAGUGGAAAAUGGUUAAUAAGCAUAUCUGUAUCAUGUCAUUCAAUUUAUAACUGCUGGACACACUAUUAUAAUUUAAUGGCUUCGUUAAUUGUAGUUAUUUGUCUAGCACUACUAUAGUAAAUGUUUCAAUAUUUAAUGCUCAUGAUCGGUUAUUUUAUUUCAUAAGCAUGUGUAAAAAAUACUUUUUACUGUUUUAUGUUCUUUCUACUUAUAAAACGCC